GUUGGCUAAUUGUUGAAUAGGGCUAUACACUUGUUUUUCAGUUAUGUACUUGCAGCAAGUAAUCAACGAGACGAGACCUUUAAAUACAACCUUUGGAUACGAUCACGUGGUACAGUAUCUCAACUACAAUCUGCCUUCUCGUAGCUACCACGUCUGGUUUUGCGAUUAAAAAGGAUGGCAGAGCCUGAGCCGCCCCUCUCGUGUGACUGCUUUGUGUCCUUGCCCCCUGGCUCACAAGAUGAUCACGUGAUCUUUGGGAAGAACUCGGACCGUCCUAGAGAUGAGGUCCAGGAGGUUCUUUACUACCCAGCAACCAGUCACCCAUCUGGGACCAUGCUGGAGUGCACGUACAUUCAGAUCCCUCAAGCAGAACACACCCAUGCUGUGGUCCUCAGCCGGCCUUCCUGGCUGUGGGGGGCUGAGAUGGGGGCCAACGACAAGGGGGUCUGCAUCGGGAAUGAGGCUGUGUGGACCCGCGAAGCUAUCGAUCCAGGGGAAGCCCUGCUAGGAAUGGACCUGGUCCGCUUGGGACUGGAGCGUGCAGACAGUGCCUGGGGGGCGGUGGGUGUGAUCACUGGUCUGCUGGAGCAGCACGGCCAGGGGGGGCCAUGCAGGGAGGACCCGGCUCCCUUCAGCUACCACAACUCCUUCCUCCUGGUGGACCGCAACGAGGCCUGGGUCCUGGAGACCGCCGGCAAGCUCUGGGUGGCACAGAAAGUCACAGAGGGGGUGAAGAACAUCUCCAAUGCGCUGACCAUCGGGACGGAUAUCUCAGCGGAGCACCCAGAGCUGCGGAGUGUGGCCCAGGCCCAGGGUUGGUGGAGCGGCGAGGGAGAGUUCUGCUUCAACGAGGUGUUCAAGUCUGAAACCCCCCCUGCCAGGAUGGAACUGGCCAAGAGGCGCUACAGUGGGGGCACACUGCUCCUCCAACAGCAUGAUGGUUCUGUGACGGCCGAGGUGAUGAUGUCCAUCCUGAGGGACAAGCCCAGUGGGAUCUGCAUGGACUCUGGGGGGUUCCGCACCACUGGCAGCAUGGUGUCCAUCCUGCCCCGCGACCCCAGCCUGCCCUGCAUCCACUUCCUCACUGCCACCCCCGACCCCUCCAGAUCUGUUUUCAAGCCUUUUGUCUUCUCUGAGUCUGUGACCCCAGUGUCGAGGGUGAUCUCCCCACAGUACGGCCCAGACGACCCAGUCAGGAAGCAGCCGCGCUUCCAGAGCCAAGUGGACCGCAGGCACGACCUGUACAAGGCCCAUGAAGGGGCCCUGCAGACUAUGGAGACCAACCCGGAUGCAGGGAAUGCUCUGACUGAGACGUUGAGGAUGUUGGAGGGCCAGUGUCUGACGGACAUAUCAGCCCUGCUCAGUGGAGAAUCACCAGUAGAAGAGGAGCUGGGGGACCUGUUCUUUGACUGUGUGGACACGGAGCUGAAGUUCUACCAGUGAGGAGUUGCUCUCUGUUACAGCGCCCUCAUGUGAAGAUCGCUAGUGCUUGCAGAUCGGCAGGAGAGGGCCCUGGGACUGUUACGUCCUGUGCUCCUGUUAGAUUGGUUCCCUCCCGUCUCAUGCAUACGAACCUCCUUGAUGCCAUUCCAUCCAUCAUUGACACAGAAUAUAAAUGUCUUAACUUUCCAUGGGAUUGGAGCAUCAUUAGCAUUUGUAUCACUUUAGGGAGCAAUGCUCGCCCCACAUUAGUGUACAGUACCAGUCAAAAGUUUGGACACAACUACUCAUUCAAGUGUUUUUCUUAUUUUACUAUUUUCUACAUUGUAGAAUAAUAGUGGAUGUCCAAACUAUGAAACACAUAUGGAGUCAUGUAGUAACCAAAAAAGUUUAAACCAAUCAAAAUAUAUUUGAUAUUCUUCAAAGUAGCCAUCCUUUUCCUUGAUGACAGCUUUGCACACUCUUGGCAUUCUCUCAACCAGCCUCACCUGGAAUGCUUUUACAACAGUCUUGAAGGAGUUCCCACAUAUGCCUUGCACUUGUUGGCUGCUUUUCCUUUACACAGCUGUCCAACUCAUGAGAUCAGGGGAUUGUGGAGGCCAGGUCAUCUGAUGCAGCACUCCAUCACUCGCCUUCCUGGUCAAAUAACCCUUAUACAGCCUGGAGGUGUGUUGGGUCAUUGUUCUGUUGAAAAACAGAGUCCUGCUAAGCGCAAACCAGAUGGGAUGGCGUAUCGCUGCAGAAUACAGUGGUAGCCGUGCUGGUUAGGUGUUCCUUGAAUUCGAAAUAAAUCACUUAGUGUCACCAGCAAAGCACCAUCACACCGCCUCCUCCAUGCUACACAGAGGGAACUACACAUGCAGAGAUAAUCCGUUCACCCACUCUGUGUCUCACAAAGACACAGCGGUUGGAACCAAAAAUCUCAAAUUUGGACUCAUCAUCUAAUGUCCAUUAAUCAUGUUUCUUGGCCCAAGCAAGUCUCUUCUUAUUGGUGUCCUUUAGUGGUGGUUUCUUUGCAGCAAUUUGACCAUGAAGGCCUGAUUCACGCAGUCUCCUCUGAACAGUUGAUGUUGAGAUCUUGAGUGUCUUACUUGAAUUCUCUGAAGCGUUAAUUUGGGCUGCAAUCUGAGGUGGAAUUAACUCUAAUGAACUUAUCCUCUGUAGCAGAGGUAACUGUGUGUCUUCCUAUCCUGUGGCAGUCCUCAUGAGAGCCAGUUUCAUCACAGCGCUUGAUGGUUUUUGCGACUGCACUUGAAGAAACUUUCAAAGUUCUUGAAAUGUUCCAGAUGGACUGACCAGUAAUGAUGGACUGUCAUUUUCUCUUUGCUUAUUUGAGCUGUUCUUUCCAUAAUAUGGACUUGGGCUUUUUCAGGGCUAUCUUCUGUAUACCACCCCUACCUUGACACAACACAACCGAUUGGCUCAAAUGCAUUAAGAAGGAAAGAAAUUCAGUAAAUUAACUUUUAACAAGGCACACCUGUUAAUUGAAAUGCAUUCCAGGUGACUACCCCAUGAAGCUGGUUGAGAGAAUGCCAAGAGUGUGCAAAGCUGUCAUCAAGGCAAAGUGCAGCUACUUUGAAGAAUCUCAAAUAUAAAAUAUAUUUUGAUUUGUUUAACACAUUUUUGGUUACUACAUGAUUCCAAAUGUGUUAUUUCAUAGUUUUGAUAUAUUCACUAUUAUCCUACAAUAUGGAAAAUAGUAAAAAUAAAGAAAAACCCUGGGAUGAGUAGGUGUGUCCAAACUUUUGACUGGUACUGUAUGUAUGUGACUGUUUCACAUUUAACACCUACUGUAAGUACGCCAUUUGUAAAACAUGCUAUUCAUUGUUACAAGUGAAUGGGGGUUUGUUGACUGACUGCCCACAUGAGAAUUAACUAAUAAAAUAUUAGCUCUGA